AGGAGAUAAACAAAGAAUUUGAUCGGAAAUGACUGUGGAAGCGGAGCCUCUUUUAGCGACGGGUGGUUACGAUCACACAAUUAAGCUGUGGCAGCCUUAUUCGGGCGUUUGUAUUCGCAGUUUGCAGCAUUUGGAUUCCCAAGUGAAUGCCUUGGAAAUUUCGCCGCAUCGGAGCAUUUUGGCGGCUUGUGGCUUCCAACAUAUUCGAUUGUACGACAUUCACACGAACAAUCCGAUCGUCAACUUUGAGGGCGUGAGUAAAAAUGUCACCCGAAUCGGGUUUCAGGAAGAGGAAAAGUUUAUGUUCACCGGCGGCGAGGAUUGUCGCGUUCGAAUUUGGGAUAUGAACUCGCACAGUCCAACGUGUAAGCGAAUUUUCGACUGUCAAUCGCCCGUAAAUGCGGUUUGCUUGCAUCCGAAUCAAGUAGAGCUCGCCAUUGGAUCGCAAAACGGCGUUUAUUUGUGGGAUGUCAAGUCAGACAUGCACGAACAACUCAUUCCGGAAGUCGAUGCCUCGAUUCAGGACAUUUGCAUUUCGUCAAACGGGCUUUUUAUGGCAGCGGUGAACAACAAGGGGAAUUGUUACGUGUGGGAUUUGAUCAGUAAGGAGCAACAACUUACCGAAACGUCGCCACGAUUGAAGAUUGAUGCGCAUAAAAAGUACGCGUUAAGAUGUCGUUUCAGUCCCGAUUCGAGUAUGCUUGUGACGACGUCGGGAGAUGGCACGGCGAAGGUCUACAAAACGGAGGAUUUUAGUUUGUAUUGCGAGUUGAAGACGGAAGGGAGUAGUCGGUGGAUUUGGGAUGCGAUUUUUAGUAAUGAUUCGAAAUAUUUGUUCACGGCGUCGUCGGAUACGAUCGGGAGACUUUGGAGGUUGGAUAAGAAAACUGUGGAACGGGAGUAUCAUGGGCAUCAAAAGGCGAUUACAGCACUUGCUUUUAAGGAAUAAAAUUUUAAUUAAAUAAAAAAAAUAUUCAAAAAAAAGU